CGGAUACUUAAUUUAGAAUUUAUUCCAGCUAUGAAGGUGGGCGUAAGAAAUAUCGGGAAUUGUCAACCGGUUUUUAUAGUAGCAGAAAUUGGCCAAAACCAUCAGGGGUCAAUGGAUAUUGCGAAGGAAAUGAUUGUACGAGCGAAGGAAAUUGGCGUCGAUUGUGUCAAAUUUCAAAAGUCCUGUGCCAAUUCUAAAUUCACACAAAGUGCGUUGCAACGUCCGUAUAGCGGGGAAAACUCGUGGGGACGUACCUAUGGCGAACACAAAGCCCAUCUGGAAUUUUCUUUAGAAGAUUAUCGAACUCUACAACAAUUUUGUUCGGAAAUUGGAAUUCUUUUCAGUGCAUCUGCGAUGGAUCCUGUCUCACUGAAGCAGUUAGCAGAAUUAGAUAUGCCAUUUAUCAAAAUUGGAUCAGGUGAUGCUGAUAAUAUUCCUCUGUUGAGAGAAGCAGCUACGAUGGAUGUACCAUUUGUCGUAUCAACUGGAAUGCAAUCGUGGAAUCAGGUUCAGAAGAUUCAUUCAAUUUUCAAUAGUAAGCCAUUUGCUUUGCUUCACUGUGUUUCGGCCUAUCCGACACCACCGGCCGAAAGCUUACUGAAGCUAAUUCCGUUGUAUAAGAACAAUUUUCCGGGCGUUGUAGUAGGUUAUUCUGGUCACGAAUUGGGACUACAAAUUACGCUUGCUAGCGUUCUAUUGGGUGCAAGAAUCAUAGAACGGCACUUCACGCUAGACAAAAAUUGGAAGGGGACGGACCAUAAAGCGUCUCUUGAUCCGGAGGAAUUCGGUCGUUUAGUACAUUGCAUACGAAAUGUGGAAAAUUUAGUUAUUGAUCAUGAUCAAAUUAGUGCCAUAUUGUCACAGGUUAUGAAUGAAAGUGAUUACGAUGGAGAUGAACUUUCGUUAGCUUUAAAAGAAGUUUCGAUUUAUGAUAGAAAAUUACUGCUCUCGGAAGUUCCUUGUCACACUAAGCUAGGUAAAUCGCUUGUGUUCAUGCGGAAUGUUCGGCAAGGUCAAACACUAACCAUGUACGAUGUGGGAGUGAAAGUUAGCGAACCUCACGGAAUUUCACCCAUUUGGUUUGACAGAGUCAUUGGUCAAAAAGUGAAUCGUGUGUGUCAUCAAGAUGACCCUAUUCUGGAGAGGGAUAUCGAAUGGGGCAUUGUUUCAAAAUAGAUUAUUCGUGAAAUUAGCAAUUCUAUCGUUUCCACUAUACAUGCUAUGACUUUCAAAAUAUGCACUAGACAGGAGAACUGACAAACGGUAUUUGAUUCAUAUAAAAAAUUUUCGGCUUGAACAAAACAGGUAGCUUUUUAGCAAAUGCCAUUCAAUUCUAAUCUAUUGAAAUAAAGUGUAUAAAAUCAUGUCCUUAUUUUUUGUAAUUCUUGUUUUAAUGACAAUGUAAAUUAACUUAGGGCGAUAGUACUUCUCUCGUAACCUUUCAAAGUGUAUCUCAAAUAAAUUCUAGUGUGUUUCGCUCGCUCACACUCUCAAAA